AUGGUAAAGGGCAGACUGGUCCGUCAGGGGAACACAGGCUCCAGUCCUCUACCUCGGUCCCAGCUCCAGCCCUCUACCUCAGCCCCAGCUCCAGUCCUCUAUGUCUGCCCCAGCUCCAGUCCUCUACCUCGGCCCCAGCUCCAGCCCUCUACCUCGGCCCCAGCUCCAGUCCUCUACGUCUGCCCAGCUCCAGUCCUCUACCUCAGCCCCAGCUCCAGUCCUCUACCUCGGCCCCAGCUCCAGCCCUCUACCUCGGCCCCAGCUCCAGUCCUCUACGUCUGCCCCAGCUCCAGUCCUCUACCUCGGCCCCAGCUCCAGCCCUCUACCUCGCCCAGUCCUCUACCUCGUCCCCAGCUCCAGCCCUCUACCUCGGCCCAGCUCCAGCCCUCUACCCUCGGCCCCAGCUCCAGCCCUCUUACCUCGGCCCCAGCUCCAGACCUAUACCUCAGCCCCAGCUCCAGCCCUCUACCUCGGCCCCCAGUCCUCUACCUCGGCCCCAGCUCCAGCCCUCUACCUUGGCCCCAGCCCUCUACCUCGGCCCCAGCCCCAGCCUCUACCUCGGCCCCGCUCCAGCCCUCUACCUCGGCCCAGCUCCAGUCCUCUACCUCGGCUCCAGCUCCGGUCCUCUACCUCGGCUCCAGCUCCGGCCCUCUACUCGGCCCCAGCUCCGGCCCUCUACCUCGGCCCCAGCUCCAGUCCUCUACCUCGGCCCCAGCUCCAGCCCUCUACGUCUGCCCCAGCUCCAGCCCUCUACCUCGGCCCCAGCUCCAGCCCUCUACGUCUGCCCCAGCUCCAGCCCUCUACCUCGUCCCAGCUCCAGUCCUCUACCUCGGCCCAGCUCCAGUCUCUCCUCAGCCCCAGCUCCAGCCCUCUACCUCGGCCCCAGCUCCAGCCCUCUACCUCGGCCCCAGCCCCAGUCCUCUACCUCGGCCCAGCUCCAGUCCUCUUCCUCGGCCCCAGCUCCAGUCCUCUACCUCGGCCCCAGCUCCAGUCCUCUACCUUGGCCCCAGCUCCAGCCCUCUACCGGCCCCAGCCCCAGUCCCUACCUCGGCCCAGCUCCAGUCCUCUAGCUCGGCCCCAGCUCCAGUCCUCUACCUCGGCCCAGCUCCAGCCCUCUACCUCGGCUCCAGCUCCAGCCUCUACCUCGGCCCCAGCUCCAGCCUCUACCUCGGCCCAGCUCCAGUCCUCUACCUCAGCCCCGCUCCAGCCUCUACCUCAGCCCCAGCUCCAGUCCUCUACCCUCGGCCCCAGCUCCAGUCCUCUUCCUCGGUCCCAGCUCCAGCCCUCUACCUCAGCCCCAGCUCCAGCCCUCUACCUCGGCCCAGCUCCAGUCUACCUCGGCCCCAGCUCAGUCCUACCUCGCCCCAGCUCGCAGCCCUCAUCGCCCCAGCUCCAGUUCUCUACCUCAGCCCCAGUUCCAGUCCUCUACCUCGUCCCCAGCUUCCAGUCUAUCUCGGCCCCAGCUCCGGCCCUCUACCUCGGCCCAGCUCCAGUCCUCUACCUUGCCCCCAGCUCCAGCCCUCUUCCUCAUAA